AUGUGUUUCCACGUGAAACGAUGGGAAAACAAUGGCUGGAUUGGAGUCUCAAAUAAGGACAUAUGGAAGGCUACAUGGGUUAAAGGUCAUAGUGGUGACACCGGAAAUGAAGGGGCAGAUGCCCUAGCCAGCAAAGGAGCACAAUUGGCUGAAGGGGACGCAACCCCAGCGGAUGCAGAAAUAGACCAUGAAUUUGACGUUGAUGGAGCGCGGCUGUCGACUCUCACCCAGAGCCAAGCGUACAAACUCCUGUGCAUGCUAGCUGACGUGGAGGAACGACCAUCAGCACGCGUUAUAAAGGAGAGAAUUCUUGCAACAAUCAAGGAGGUUAACGGCGUCGAACCAGCCCCAUCCAGGAUCUGGAAGUCGAUCCGCCACAAGGAUGUGUCAAGGCCGAUAAGGGGUUUCUUGUGGGCCGCCUGGAAGGCCUUGCAAAAUACGUUCAAAAUCGGGACUUUCUGGGAACACUUGGGCCCCCAGUACUCAAAGAGGGGAGAGUGUCCUCACUGCAAAGUUACGGAAUCGAUGGAACACAUACUGAUUGAGUGUAAUAUCGAGGGCCGAGCCAUGCUGUGGAAGCUUGCGCAGGACUUGUGGGGGAGAAAAGGCCUGAGAUGGAUUGAGCCAACAUAUGGAAAGGUCGACAGGCAUGCAACCCGCCUGUAUCGAAUCCUGAUGACAGAAACUGUCCAUUUAAUCUGGAAGAUCCGGUGCCAGAGACGAAUCCAGAGAGAUGAUAACGACCCGGCGAGUUGGCAUACGAAAGACGAGAUACGAAACCUGUGGGUGGAUGCAAUGAACAGGAGACUGACGAUUGAUUGUGCAAUGGUGAACAAGUACAAAUACGGUUCCAGGGCGCUGAAGAAAGCGACCGUAUUGUCUACCUGGAGAGGGACCCUGUUGAACGAGAAAGCUCUGCCCGAAGACUGGAUUGACCAGAACGGGGUUUUAGUGGGUAUGGUGCCUAGCCGGAAACGGCCGAGAGGACGGCACAGAGCCCCACACGAAUCUGAAUAG